AUGGAUGACGAGGAAGCCGAGGCUGCGGCUGCAGAGCGGCGCAAGUACCAAGCGCGUCCCAAGACGAGCAACUGGGAGAAAUACGACAAGACAAGUUGCGUUCAGAAUCUGCAAUGGAAGUCUGUGGAGACACUCAUGUUGCUCACAAUCGCUCUGGAAUUGCGUUUGAUAGAAAUGGAAAUGCUCCUGGAUGAUCGUCUGAAUUUGGAUUUGGUUGGUGCGGAUUAUACGAGCUUGCUACAAGCACAAGCAGCUGUCAUGCUGCCCGAGGAGGCGUACUUUCGCUUCAAGGACGAGCAGGUGGCCGAGAAUCAGCCGACACCCGCCGAUUUCGAUGCUGUGAGCCAGUGA